AGGUGGUAUGUAUGUGUGUUUCAGUCUGGUCUAAGGUGAGAGAUCAGGAAGCUUCAGUACCCAGAACCUGGAUACUAGGUUGCGUGGCUGUACUCAGGGGUCAAGGGAGUAGGUCAAGUGGCUUUGCUGUGGGACGCCUUGUUCUAUGGAAAAUGCUUUAAGUUCCUCAUUAAUCAAGCUCCCAGAGGAAACUGCCCGCCCUCCAGCAAGUUGCUGAGAAAAUGUAGGUCUGGGAGGGGACACAUGUACGUACUGUGCUCUCUGGAAAUUACUUUACCUGGCUCUGCCUGUUUUCUCUCUGCCCAGCUGCUCUUUGAAUCCCAGACAGUGAAGGGGAAGUGAAAAGACUUUACAGAAAUGGCCUUUGAAGACCAUUUUGAGAAGUUCUGUUUUUCAUGGUGCUGAUUUUUCUUCAGGGUUAGUCAGCUGGUUGCAGGACAGGAGGAGGAGAGUGUGAGUGUGGUUUUGUGGAAAACUUCCCCUGAGCCUCCUGGAAAUGUUCUGGAAACCCCUGAAUGAGCUGUCUCUCCUGGGUCCCAGAUCUGCUGUGUGAGGCUGAAUUUCCCUGCCUGUACAUAUUGCAGGGUGUUAACAAGGUUAAGAAAGGGUGGAUAUAAGAUGCUGCACCACGGCUGCCCCCAGGGGGAGGCUCAGUACUUUCUGGACCCUUCCUCUGCUUGCCCUUCAUUACUGCUUCCAAGGGCAAGGAACCUGCCCAUACCUGGGGGUGAUGGAAGCCAGCACUUUAGGCUUUUGCAUUUCCUAUCCUGACUCUGGGGAAGCAAGGAGGGGAAACCCUAAGAUCUCUGCACACAAAGCUCAGAGUCUCAGUCAGUAGCACCAAAAAAGGGAAGGACCGCUGGGGUAUCCUUAGGAAGGGGAUGUGAGGUCAGAGAUGAGUCUCAGAGAAGCACUCAGUAAACAGGAAGUGUGGCCAGAGAGAAACCUGUGCUUGUAGGAAGUGGGGCAUUGGCGGCAGCCUCCCAGCUUGGCCUGGAGAAGCCAGCAGGCCCUGCCGAGCUGAUGGCAAGUGGAGGCUCGGAGCACGAGGAGUGACACAGACCUUGGGUCGUCCCUGUGAGACAGGGCUCCAAUUAAAUCUUGUAAUUAUUGGGCUGGAGGAGAGCUUAAUUUGCCCUUCGGAAGGCCUCUUCUUCUGAUGAAAAGAGAAAGGAAGAAUGGACUACCAUCACCAAACUUCCCUAGUCCCAUGUGGACAAGAUAAAUACAUUUCCAAGAAUGAACUUCUCCUGCAUUUGAAGACCUACAACUUGUACUAUGAAGGCCAAAAUUUGCAACUCCGACAUCGCGAGGAGGAAGAUGAGUUUAUCGUGGAAGGGCUGCUGAACAUCUCCUGGGGACUGCGCCGGCCCAUUCGUCUACAGAUGCAGGAUGACAAUGAACGCAUUCGCCCCCCUCCAUCCUCUUCCUCUUGGCACUCUGGCUGUAACUUGGGGGCUCAGGGUACCAUCCUGAAGCCCCUCACCAUGCCCAACAUUACGAUCUCAGAGGUGGAUGCCCUGCCUGAGAGUGAUCAGACGUUGAGCCCCACAGACUCCAGGGGCCUGAAGUCCUUACAGGAAGACACCCCACAGUUGAUGCGCACACGCAGUGAUGUUGGGGUACGUCGUCGUGGCAAUGUGAGGACACCCAGCGACCAGAGGCGAAUCAGACGCCACCGCUUCUCUAUCAAUGGCCAUUUCUACAACCACAAAACAUCAGUGUUCACGCCAGCCUAUGGCUCCAUCACCAAUGUCCGCAUCAACAGCACCAUGACGACUCCACAGGUCCUGAAGUUGCUGCUCAACAAAUUUAAGAUUGAGAACUCGGCAGAGGAGUUUGCAUUGUAUGUGGUCCAUACCAGCGGUGAGAAACAGAAGCUGAAGAACACGGAUUAUCCUCUGAUUGCCCGGAUCCUCCAGGGCCCAUGUGAGCAGGUCUCUAAAGUGUUCCUUAUGGAGAAGGACCAGGUGGAGGAAGUUACCUAUGAUGUGGCUCAGUAUAUAAAGUUCGAGAUGCCUGUCCUUAAAAGCUUCAUUCAGAAGCUCCAAGAGGAAGAAGAUAGGGAAGUCAAGAAGCUGAUGCGCAACUCUUCUAUCCCCAGGUACACUGUGCUCCGCCUAAUGAUUCGGCAGAGGCUGGAGGAGAUAGCUGAGACCCCAGCAACAAUCUGAGCCACUAGAAGGAGGGGAUCCAGAUGCUGCAGAGGCCGUUGCUGCCCAGAGAAGACUCACAGGAAGCUGGAUGCCUUCCAUGGAAACAUUUAAAAGCAAAUCUUUCCAGCUUUCAAACCACAAUGGAGAUGCCAGCAACUCCCUGUCCUUUGUUUCCCUGCUCCUUUCCUUCACUCACGAGGACUUUCAGUUUUUAUUAUAAGGAGGACCCAGAAUGUGUGUGCACAUGUGUGUGCUCAUAUGGUACACAUCCACAUGCCUACAUGAUAUAUUCACAUGCAAUUCAAUUCCAAGCAACCAGCACUAGUGCUUAAGGCUGGCAAAUAUGUGCUUAUAGGCAGGAAAAUCAGAGGAGUCACUGCCAAUCUUGAGGGGUUUUAGACUGAAGAAAAAAAUUUCUCCUCUCAAGUGCCAGGGAGCAACCAUACAUAUCUGCUCAACUUUAGAAGGAAAAGAAGGUCUAGCACACUCACCAUCUAGGGUAUUUAUGUGUUAAUAGGCGCUUCCCUGGUAGCUCAGCUGGUAAAGAAUCCACCUGCAAUGCAGGAGCCCCCGAUUCGAUUUCUGGGUUGGGAAGAUCUCCUCCUGGAGAAGGGACAGGCUACCCACUCCAGUAUUCUUGGGC